GGAUAAUUUUAAUUUUGUUAUUUUUUUGUUUUUUUUUAAAUUGUUUUGAUUCCACGUAUAUUUUUUCUUUAAAUUAGGUUUGUUGUCGAACCGCCAAUGUAUAGAAAAACUUUUCUUAACCGAAACCUUUAGACAGUGCCGAAACUCGACAUUUCUUAGUUUUCGAUUUUUUCGGUUUUCACAAAGAACCCUACAUUAGUGUUGUCGAUUCGGAACUGAACCGAAUAAUCGAAGUUCUUCGCUUAAUUUCGGAUAUCCUAUUGUUUUUUUCUAGUAGUCGACAACAUACCCCUUGCUCUUUACAUUACACUUUACUUUUCAUAAUAAUCAAUCUUUUUUUUGUUUAUUUCAGAGUAGACAACGAAGAUAAAUGAAUUCACAACCUUCUAAUGCUGAGGGGGCCGAGGAAAACUUUCGAGAUAAUAAAAAAUCAGACGCUGUAUCAAACUUUUCUCGUGGUGCAACUCCAACAGUGUUAACUUCGUUUAGUGAAGCUUUAAAUGAAAAAAAUUUUGAUGAACAUGAAAUGAGGGAUGUUCAGUUAUAUGAAGAAAUUUGUUCUGAAGAGGAUUCGAAGAAGUCAGAGGAUGAAGGAGGGAAUGUUUACAAUGAGAAGAUUGAUGGAAGUAAGCAAGAUGAGGGAGGGGAGGAUGACAAUGAAGCAGCGACCUCAGAAAAACAUUUGGAAUUUGAAUCUCUUUCACAAAUUAAAAAUUCUCAAUUGGGGAAGACAGUUGUAAUUCAUUCAAAUGACGAAACUCCUCAAGAAACUUUUUCUAGACUUAAAGAUGCUUGUAUUGAAGGAACUCUAACUUAUGAAGACAUUAUGGAUGGACUUUUUAAUACGGUUUGUUGGGGGGUUUUUAAAGUAAUCGAAGGAUUAGUUCCGGUCGCCAAAACACUUUUCGACACCCUCUUAACGAUUAUUUUGUUCUCCGGUUUUUCUCGGUUGUUGGUGGGUUCGGGUGGAUUCUUACAUAAUUUAAAGGAUGCCCAUCAAAGGCGACGUGCUAUUUGGGUUGAAAACGUUUUUCCCCGGUUUGGUAUUUCGACGUUGGUCGGCGGCCCAUUUGACUUGGAAUCUAGAUAUGUUCUUCAAAAUUGUGAAAAUGUUAAAUUAAUGUUAGAAUUGACUGAUUUAUGUCCCCCUAAAAUUCAGAAAUUUGGAGCAUAUUUGUUGCUAUUUUCAAAAUCUGGACUUGUUUCUCUUCUCUUGGAUAGAUUACCUGAUGCUGAUUUUAUUAUAGCCGAUUUAUUUAUUCAAUUACUUACAGUGCUAACUGGAUAUAGUAUUUCUGUUAAAGAAUUUAAACAUUUUUUGAAGUCGUUAAAAGUGGACAAUAAUUGCUGGAAACGCAAUUCAAUUAAACUACUCAAUGUUAUGGCAGAAAUGCCUAAACGUGAAGGACCUGAUGGAAUAUUCAUUCCUCCAUUAAAUCGUUGGCCACAUCAAAAUGGAUGGACAUUUUGUACUUGGUUCAGAAUGGAUCCGCUAAAUAGUGUUUAUUUUGAAAGAGAAAAGCCUUUCUUGUUCAAUUUUUCAACACCUAAAGGAAAUGGAUAUUUUUCUUAUUUUAUGGGCUCUUGUUUAGUCUUACGUUGUAUUAGAGCGCCUGGAAAAGAAAUUAUGCGUUGUAUAAAAUUUGAAUUUAUGCCUCGUAAAUGGUACCAUAUUGCCUUAACUUUUAUUUAUUCUCGUUGGUCAAAAGGAGAAAUUCAUUGUUUUGUUGAUGGUUGUUUGGUUGAAGUUAUCGAUUCUAAUUGGCUAGUUUCUCAAAACGAACAUUUUGACCAUUGUUAUAUCGGUUGUGGACAUGAAGAAGAUGAAGGAGAAGCUUUUAGUGGACAAAUGGCUGCAAUAUAUGUUCUUUCACAAUCAAUAACGCCUCAACAGGCAGCUUGUCUUCACUAUUUGGGAUCUUCUUAUCAGUCACAUUUUAAACAUAAAAGUGAAUCUAAUUUACCAGAAAAUUAUAAAAAGUUGUUAUUCGAUGGAAAAUUGAGUGAAUCAAUUAUUUUUUCAUAUUGUCCGAAAGAUUGUCAUGGGCAGAUGGUUUUGUCACACCCGCCGAAUACUUCAAAAAAUGCUACAAAUUCGUAUUUUGUUCAAGUUCCUCAUGCAAUUAUGAAAAAUGGUGUAGAAGUAAUAACAACCCAUUCAAUACAUAAUUCUUUACAUUCUGUUGGUGGUAUCCAAAUGCUUUUGCCUUUGUUUUCUCAAAUUGAUAUGGCAAAAGAAGAAAAUAUUGAAGAGGAAAUUUGUUCAAAAUUACUCACUGUAAUUGCUACUUUGCUGGGAACUUCUCUAAAUUCUCAACAACAAUUUUUACAAUGUCGCGGAUUUUCUGUCAUUUCAAAUUUAUUGCAAAACUCUUCUAAUGUUCAUUUAAGUAUGAACCUUUUGGAGACAUUUAUUUCAAUGUCUAAAGCUUUUGCGAAUUUUAAUAAUGGAUUGCCUUUACUUAAACAAUUGGUAGAAAGUGUUUUUCUUGCAUCACAUUUGUGGUUGAAAGCUGAACCUUUAGUCCAAGUUCGUUUAUAUACAUUUUUGGCAAAUGAAUUCUUUUCAAAUAUUGAUUUAUUACAAAUUGUCCGUCGAACACAAACUGUUGUUAUUUUAAUGAAUACUUUGAAAAAAUAUUGGAUAACAUUGCCAUAUGGAUAUAUUGAAGAAGAAGGAGAGGAAGAUGGGGAAAAUAAUGCUCAAAAUAAAUCUCCUGCAAGAACUAAUAAUACAAAUUUUGAUCGUUCAGCAAUUGUACAUGUCCGUACUUGCAUAUUAAAAUUAGUUUACAAUUUUACUUUUUUGUGUUGUGAAGGAAGUGAAGAAAGGGAUGAUGAAUUACAAUGCAUUUUUAAUUUUAUUGCUACGACUAAUGAGGAUGACAAUCUUUACGAUGUCUUAACUCAAACUAUGCAACAAAUAUCUGAUCAUCCUGCAAUUUUGGUUCCUGCAUUUGACAAAAAGAAAGUUAUUUGUAUUAUUUUUAAUUUAAUUAGUUCGCCUAAUGAAUUGAUAAAAAUACCAGCUUUGAAAAUGUUUGGAUAUUAUUUAUGCAGAUCUACACAAAAACGUAAAAACGAAUCAAUCAAUCAACGGAAUUUAUUUCACUUAUUAACCGAUAAAUUAAUGCUCAAUUGCCAUUCUCUUUCACUAGCAACUUACAACGCUUUAUUCGAAAUUUUGGUAGAAUUAGUUUGUCCAGAAAUUUUAUUUGUAAAGCAUGAAGAAUUGCCAAUAGAAAAUACAAGAUUUGAAAAUCCUCAAAUUUUAAAAGUUGUUGCACAGUUGCUAAUUCAAAGCGAAGAAUCAAGUGAAACAUUGAGAGUCAAAAAGAUUUUUCUUCAAGAUUUGAUAAGACAUUGCAAAGAUUGUAGAGAAAAUAGAAGAAUAAUACUUCAAAUGAGCGUUUGGCAAGAAUGGCUAAUUUCUCUGUCUUAUAUUUAUCCGGAAAAUGAAGAGCAAAAAAAUGUUUCUGAACUUGUUUUUCAACUUUUCUCAAUUCUUUUAUUUCAUGCUAUACGUUUAGAAUAUGGUGGUUGGAGAGUUUGGGUCGAUACAAUGGCAAUAGCUCAUUCAAAAGUUUCAUGGCAAAAAUAUCGCAAAAAUUUGACACAAAAACAAGAAGAAGAUGCUCGCAAAAAAUUGGGAGAAAAUAUUAAUUCAAAUGAUCAAUUAUCUUCUUCUGGUGGUGGAGUAUCAUCACUUUAUAGAACCCCAGAUUUUGUUUGGUCUCAAGUACAAAUUCAAUUUUUAAAUGAUUUAUUGAUGUUAAUACAAGCUGUGGUACAGGAAUGGAAAGAUUCACCCAGUCCAAUUGCUGACUAUUUAAAUAAUUCGGAUAAUCAUGUUUUCAUAACCAAUACAGUUCAUAUAUUUUCCCAACUUGCUGACAGUUUAGUAAUGGCUUGUGGAGGUCUUUUACCAUUGCUUGCAGCAGCAACAGCGCCAACGAGUGAAUUAGAGCUUUUUGAUACAACCCAACAAGAAUUAGAUAUUUCUGAUGCUGCUUAUUUUUUGGAAAUUUUUGCAGAAAUUGCUGAUGUUUUUAUCUUUACUUCUCCACUUACACUUAAUGAAUUGGAACAAGAAAAAAAUAUGCCAGCUGGAGGAAUUUUGAGACAAGCACUUAGAUUAUCAGCAACAUCGGCAGUUCGAGGAAUUUUAUCAAGUAUUUUAAGCAACAAUGAAUCUAUAUUUGGAUCAGAAAUUAAUUCCACAAAAUAUGAAGCAAUUAGAAACUUUAUUAAAAAUAAGUCAACAAAUGUGGAAUUUAAAGAUCAAUUGCUACAAACAAUGGAUUUGCAACGUCUAAAAAAUUUAAUUUAUAGAGAUAUGGAAGAAGUAAAACAAGCACAAUUUUUGGCCCUUUCUAUUGUCUAUUUUUUGUCAGUUUUAAUGGUUUCUCGUUAUAGAGAUAUUCUUGAACCUCCACCACAACAACAGAUAAAUUCAGGAGGAGUAGUUAAUUCUGCAAAUAAUUUAAAGAAUAAUUCGGUGAAUGAUGGAAAGCAAUCUGGUAAAUUUUGA